CGGCGCCGCUGCUGUGAUGGCGUCGCGGGCGCUGCGGGCGGAGGCGCAGCUGCUGCGGUGCCAAUAGAGAGCGGAGCGGCCGGGCCGGGCAUGGAGAGCCUGGCGCAGCCCCCGCCGCCCCCGGGCUCGCUGCAGACGGGCGGCGGGGGCGCUGCCAGCCAGCUCCGCCUGGGAGAGGCGGCGGCGGGCGAGGGCGGCUGCAGGGAGGCCGAAGAGGGCGGCGGGCGGCGCAGCCCUUCCCCUCCGCCGGCCCCCGCUCCCGCCACGGCCCCUCAGACGGCGUCCCCCUCCCAGGCCUCGGAGGGUGGUGCGGCGGCCGAGGGCGAGGGGCUGGCGGUGCCGGAGAGUCCCGGAGCGGCGCCCGCCUCAGAGAGCGGUCCCGCGGGAGCCGGCUCCGGGAGCAGCGGCGCUCCCAGCCCGCCGGGGGAGGAGUCCCGCAGCCUGGACUCGCUGGAGUCCUUCUCCAACCUGCACUCCUGCUGCCCGAGCAGCUCCGAGCUCAACAGCGACGCCGACGAGGCGGUGGUGGCGGGGGCCUCCUCGGGGGGCCCGGCCCCGGAGCCCGAAGGGGACAGGCCGGCGGCGGGCUCCCAGCUUCUCUCCGCCUCCAAGGAGCGCUUCCCGGGGCAGUCGGUCUAUCACAUCAAGUGGGUCCGCUGGAAGGAGGAGAAUACGCCCGUCAUCACCCAGAACGAGAAUGGCCCCUGCCCAUUGCUGGCCAUCAUGAACGUGCUGCUCCUGGCCUGGAAGAUUAAACUGCCACCUAUGAUGGAAAUCAUAACAGCUGAACAGCUGAUGGAAUACUUAGGAGACUACAUUCUUGACGCAAAACCUAAAGAGAUAUCUGAAAUUCAGCGACUUAAUUAUGAGCAGAAUAUGAGUGAUGCAAUGGCAAUUCUACAUAAGUUGCAGACGGGUCUGGAUGUCAAUGUGAAGUUCACAGGUGUUCGAGUAUUUGAAUACACACCUGAAUGCAUAGUGUUUGAUCUUCUUGAUAUCCCCUUGUACCAUGGAUGGUUAGUGGACCCUCAGGUUGCGGACAUAGUAAAAGCAGUUGGUAACUGCAGUUACAAUCAGCUGGUGGAGAAGAUAAUUUCUUGUAAGCAGUCAGACAACAGUGAGCUGGUUAGUGAAGGGUUUGUAGCUGAGCAGUUUCUAAAUAACACAGCUACACAAUUGACAUACCAUGGAUUGUGUGAGUUGACUUCAGCUGUCCAGGAGGGAGAGCUUUGUGUGUUCUUCAGGAACAACCAUUUUAGCACCAUGACCAAAUACAAGGGUCAGCUUUAUCUGCUGGUGACAGACCAGGGCUUUCUUACAGAAGAGAAGGUUGUGUGGGAAAGCUUACACAAUGUGGAUGGUGACGGGAAUUUCUGUGACUCUGAAUUCCACCUGCGGCCUCCAUCAGACCCUGAAACUGUCUACAGAGGGCAGCAGGAUCAAAUAGAUCAGGAUUAUCUGAUGGCAUUGUCUCUACAACAAGAGCAGCAGAAUCAAGAGAUUAACUGGGAACAGAUCCCAGAAGGAAUCAGUGAUCUAGAGCUAGCAAAGAAGCUCCAGGAAGAGGAAGACAGAAGAGCUUCUCAGUACUAUCAGGAACAAGAACAAGCAGCUGCUCAGGUCCAGCAGGUACAAGGUGCUGCCUCUCCAGCCAGCGCAAGACAAUCCGGGAGUAACGAACGCAAACGCAAAGAGCCUCGAGAGAAGGAGAGGGAGAAAGAGAAGAAUAGCUGUGUUCUCUUGUAACAGAAAAUGGAUCCCAUCUGGAGCCAAGUGCAUGUCCUCAGAAGCAAAAACAAGGAGUAAAAUGGAAGACAAACCUGUUACAUGCCGCCUGUGCCUGAUUACCCCAUGGAUUUUGUUCAUGUUCCAAGAGAGGAUGGAUGACUUUGUUACAAUCAGACAGACUUCUUCAAAGUCAUAGUGCGUGCUGCUCAAGAGGGAAUUCCAAAUCACAGUUGGAUGCGGCUGUGCUUUGAGUUAGUCAUAAGAAAUACUGCACCUUGUAGCUGAACACACAACUCAUGGCAAGUCCUGUGUCAUAGUGACAUCCAUUACUCAUUACAUCAGUUAGUAAGCUAUUUUAUCUUCUACUCUAAACAAAGGAGGUAAUUCAUUUUGUGUAAGGCUUUUUCCUGAAGUCUGUACACAAGCACAACGGAGUUCUGUGUUGCUUCCAUAGUAUGAAACUGUAUCUUAGGCUGGGUAAUCUCCACGACACAAGAGCCCAAAUAACAGCUGGGCACUGCCUCCUCAGUGUGUCCAGAUUUCUUUGCUUCUGAAUCUGGUAUGUUCUUUUUUUGAACCCAGAUUUAUACUUGUUACUGCUAUCACUGCAUCUCCUGGCCAGCUUUCUUGCCCCAAGAAUAUGUGACUUGAUAGGCAGCAUAAAAAAUUUGUCAUAAAAAAAUGGGGCAUUUAUUAAAAGGCAAGAUGAAUAUUGUUUGCUUUUCUUGCAACUACAAACUGGGUAUGGCAACUCAGAUGUUAUCAGGGUUAAACAAGUAAUUUUAUAGAUAACUUCUUUUUCUUGUAUUAUUUUUUUCCUCUUGUAGGUAAACUGGACCAGAUAAGCUUUUAUUUAUUGACCUCUCCAUAUGAUAGAUGAAUGAUGAGAGGAAACUAAAGUCUAUAAUAAUCAUUAUUCUAUAUAAGAAUGCAGAGUUAAAAUAACUAACUAUCUGCCUUUUAUCCAGAAGUACCUUGAACUUUAACAUGACGUUAACGUGUCCACUUGUAUAUUUAAGCAAGUGUACUCUAGUUAAAAACACACUUUUUUGUUUGUUUUAUAAAUCAUGUAUUCUUAAAAAAGCACACUUCUGAAGGGUGAGAGAGGAGUGAAGCUGCUCUCUGAGAUGGUUUGAAAGGUGGUCAGGUGUAAUAUUUUGUUUUUUAAAUCACUAAUUUAGAAUUUUUGGAAACCAGGUUUUUCUAAUUUAUGGGAACCAAAUAAACAUGUUGCAUCUUGUAGUAUUUAUAGAAUGCAGAAAUAGAACACUUGAUGAAUUUUGAGGGAACCACAAAUCUUCCUCCACUUCCAUUAAAUCAAUAGCAGUUACCUUCUUGCAUAACCUUUUGAUAAAAAUUUCUAUUUAGCGAUUUGUAGAUACUUUUGAAAAAGGCUGCUUCUCCUGGACAAGCUCUGUAUCCAUGCUCUAAGCCUUAGUGUUCACACAGAAUAACCUGGGCAAGCUAAGGCAACCAGGUGGAAUAUGACAAUUCCUGCUUCCAGGUGUUUGGAGAAUGUCUGUAAAGUGGGUUCUAAUGCAUGUCCACCAGUAAAAAGCCACUUUACAAUUAUUUCAAGCAGACUUGCUGCAAUGAUGGCAACUAGUCAUCACACACAUCUGGUACCAACCUAGAAUGAAAAUUAGAUAAAGGAAGAAUGUCUUACUAACUAAAGGGCCAAUUUAUAUCACUUUUCUUCCAUGCCUUUUCCUCUUCUGUUUUUUUCCACUUUUGUUACGAUUUCCAUUUUAUAAUGAUGAAGUAAUGAACAGUAGGAGGUCUCUAAUAUGUAAACUGUAAAUUAAAAAAUACCUUCUCUAGAAAAGUCAUGCCCAGAGAAGUAAUUUUAAUACUCAAUGUGUGCAGUUCAGAUAAUUUUCUACAUCAGAGCAAAGGUUGAUGUCUUUUUUUCCUUUGCAGCAGCCUAACUUCUUCAAACAAAUUCAUGUGAUGGAGGAUCACCAACAUAAUGACUUAGCUACUUUAAGUAGAUAAGAAACUAUUCCAAUAGUGUCAUAACAGAGACUUUAAGCCAGAAUGUUGUUUAAAAACAUUCUGUUACUAAGAUUUUUCCAAAUUUGUGUAUUUACAUUUAUUUAUUGACCUUGAAAAAUAAAUAUGUCAAGCUAAGUGUUUGUUAUUAUUUUCAGUGACAGUAUUGCCACUUUAACUCCUUUUGGAAGGAAUAGAGGUGUUGUGGCUAUGGACUAUAUCUCUUUGCCUAAGAUACUUGCUCAUAUUAGAAGAAUUCAUGUAACAUUGCCAGUUUCAGACAGAUGUGCCUGAAACCUAAUAUACUGUAGUUAAAGGAAUUAUUGUCAUUUGGUCCCAGAAGAAGAAGAGUUAAAUGCAAUGCUCAUCAUGAAGUUGCAACUCCCAGAUAAUUCAGUUUCUUUCAAUGAAGGAGUAAAGGGUUUCAGGGUAUUUGAGAUGGAAGGCAUGCUAUGAAAACAGUCCUCUGUUAAUAUCCUUUUUUCUUUACAGGUCUUGAAGCUUUGGAAAAAAGGUAAAGAAUUCCUGAAAUCUAGGGCUGCAUGAGUUGAACUUGUUAGUGGCAAAAGUUAUAAGCAGUUGAGCUUCCUAACACCCAAAAUGAAAUACAUCUGGAAGCUUAAUUUAUGCCCUACUGGGAGUAACCAUUCCAAAAGCACCUGUCACAGCUUGUAUCUCUGACAGUAUCUGAGGAUCAAAAAACCUGAACAGAAUUGCUUUUAUCUCUAUGAAGUGAGCUUGGAAAAUGAUAUUGCACAAUACAGUCUUGGAGUACCAGGAAGACAGUAUCUACUUCAUUUGCCUUUUUUUCUUUUUUUUUCUCCAGCUCAUGUUCUGGCAAAAGGGUAUAGAUUUAUACUUUAAAUCUGUUUAUACAAUUUAGCAUGCACAUGCUCCAAAUACCUACAUAAUAUAUAUGAAAGUGUCCAGAAAAGUAGAGUAGAACUUGUUUUCCACUAGAUAAAUGCUAGCACAGAAAACAGAAUCAUAGAAUUUUUGUUGUUGCGUUAUAGUUGUGACAUAAAAAAAACUACAUACAAGUAUUCUUAAAAUUAGCAAAAAUCUGAGCACUGCCGUAGAGAUAAAUGUUUUUCUAUAAGGCACUUUGUAAAUGCUCAAAUCCACCACUUUUCUUGUGACACUCAUAGAAUCUGCAACCCAGAAAAGCAGAUCCAAGGGAGGGUUGUAACACCAGAGAAUGAAAUUAGCAUUCCUGAAAAUUCACUUAAACACAAGACAAAAACUACAUUUUGCCGCUGUCCAUGUAAUUCAUAUAAGAAAUAAUGUGUUCAGAGUGUCUUUGCAGAGCUGCUCUUGUGGCUCAAGGCACACGAGCUCCAAGGCAAGCACAGGCUCUGCUGGGAACCUUGGAUUGCCAGGCAGGCUCUUACUUGGUAUUUCACAUUAUUGUCAUGUUUCUUCAAACUUGUAUACGCAAGCUCUUGAGAAAAUUUUCCAGUAUGUAAUAAAAGGCAAUUUUGAGUUCUUGAAAUGGAAUUUUCUUGUGCAUUCAGCAGGAAAUACUUGAGUAAAAGGUAAAGCUGAUAUAUUUUUAACUGAACCUUUCUUUGUUCCUGCUACACUGGUUCUGUAACAAAGUCAGCUCAUUGCUUGGAUCAGCUCUUUGCAUUAGGAUGCUUAUUACAGAAUCUAUACAAACUACAUCCUUCAAUACAACAUAAUGAAUUAAGAGGUUAUUUUAUGUAAGAGUAGAUUUUUAAAGGUUGCAGCAUUAAACAGGUGCCUCAGAAAAUGCAUGUUAAUUGGUGCAGAAUCCUCAUUAGAAAGCAUAUUACAGAAAAGCAAAAAUAACAAGCUGUAGUUUGGUUGCAGUAGAGUGCUCCUAUUUUUUUCCGUCUGUGCUAUGACAAACAACACCUUCGUAGCAAGAAAAAUCCAACACUGACAAACAUUCAUACCUUUCAGUCCAGGCAUAGCAAACGUCACAUGCAAGGCCUGAAAAUGGCAUUUCAUCUUGAUGAGUGCACCUCCUCACAUCCAUUUUUAUUAAGUAUAACUAGCAAUAGACUGUUACUGUCAAGUGGGAAAAUUGGGACAGGUGAGUGACACCUUCUCAAACCACAUCAUUUACACAGAGUCUGUCUGAUGUUCACAGUGUUUCUGUACAGCUCCCUCUCAUUCACAGCUUGGCCGGUAGAAAAGCAAUGGAUUGAAGCUCGGCUGUGAUCUGCUUUGAUGGGGAGGAAGUGCCACAGGGGAUUGCUAAGGAGGAAAGAGAGGCUGGAACAUAAAAGUUCCUAUGCUACCUCUUGAGAUUGUUAAAGGCUUUGUCCUUAAUUUUGCUGUUAUUUUGGACACAAGUAGCUGUGGCACAGCGUGCAGUGGCCGGAUUUUUUCACCUAGGUAAUGCCCAGCAGGUUCAUUUCCUGGCAGGUUGGCAGUGUCUCUCCCUGGACACACUGCUCUUCACUCUUACUGUGCUUUAAAGUCAGGACUAGCUGUGCUGAUCCUCUGAUAGCUCCAAAUAGUCUUACUAAAUGUCAGUUGCCCACUGUUCAGUUUUGGUCAAUGUCAGCUCCUAUCACUCUGAGCUCUCUUUGCUGGAGAGUUCUCUCUAGAGAACUUGCUGAAAUCUGCCUUCCCCAUUCUUUUUCUGGUUUGUAGGAUUAUUUGUGUUCAUAGAGAAGCUUCAUGUGCUGAAAUGGGCAAUUCCUUGUUUUUCAAGGUUAAAACCUUUAAAUACUUUGUUAAUUAUCAUUAGAAGUCCAAGAUCCCAUGUUUGCCUUUACUUUACAGAAUUAGACACAUUUAGAAAAAUGUGCAAAGAAAAUAGUGUUAUUUUUGGGAAAUCCUAGGGAACAAUUUCAAUGAAGUUUCAGCACUCAAAGUUACUGAGAUGUUUGCUAGCUCAGUCUAAAUAGUGCUUACAAAUAGUGUAACACUGCUGAAAACAAAGGCCGCUGCUGCUCUGACUGUAAUCAGUGUAGACACAAGCUGAGGUGCUGCCCUCCAGCCGAGCUGUGCACUCAGGGCAGCAGGUGCUGGGGCAGUGUUGCUGGGGCCAAAAGUGAAUGAAAUGGGCUUGUUUGAUGGAGUCAAACACUCAGCCAAAUGUACAGAGAUAUUGGGGGUGAACAGGGACACAAACUCAGCUAAGUUUUGUUUUGGUUUUUUUAAAUUACUCUCUUGAACUUCCUUUAGUGCUGAACCAAUUUCAGUUUAGGUCCCAUCCAGCGUGAUACCUAUUGUGAAGCGUAUGGGGAUUGAUCUAAUAGUGUCUCAGGAGCCAAAGCCUUUAGCUGAGACAAACUGAGGUUCUCCAGCACAGAGCUGGAUGAAAUAAUGGGACACUUGGUCUGUCUUGAAGUUCACGUUCUCUCCUUGUUGAAGCCUUUAGCAAAAUUUGGAUGGGCUUCCUGAGUUAAAACUUCAGCUGUAACUUUUCAAAGUUAAGCUUAUACUAAUCAGUUUUGAGAAUUUUCACCUGACCUAGUUAAACAUUUUUAGAUUUCUUCUGAAUGUGUUUCCAAAAAAGCUGGGAUAAUUGUAUUUUUGUCAGAAACUUUGUGUGGGCUUUUGUUCCUGCUUACUGGCACAUGCCAAGGAAAAGGUCAAAGUUGCAAUUAGAAGAAACACCGGUGUGUCUUAAAUUAUUUUUAAAACUUAAAUCAGCUGAGUAAUGGGAACACCCUUGGGUUUGGUCAUCUCAUAUUACAGGGAACUCCAAAAUAACUAUGAAAACAGAUAAUUUUCUCUCUAGUAUUUUGGUAUCAGGGCAUCAAUAGAUCUCUUAAUUUUAGGGCUUUUUUAUUGCAGAUUAACCAGAGCCAGAAACUGGUUUAUAUUAGUUACUGUUUUGUUUACAAUUCAGUUUUAGUGAAGCCCUUCACACUGAAAGUUUGAAACCAAGUUCUCUGUGAGGUAAGUAAGUAAUAAUACAGGGAUUUUCGCCAAUUGCACAGGUAGAUACUACCACUGAUUGUAUUAACUGUAGAAAAAAGUAUUGCUGUGGAAAUAAAAUCCUUCUUUUGCUUGGAAAAGCAUAGUAGUGUCUUCAAGACACUGCAGAUAGAUACAGUGAACCAAGGAACCUGCUUGUAGACUUUUAAACUCCUUGUAAUCCAGCUUUUGCAUUUUUUUUUUUAUCAUGAGUAGUUGCAAUAAUUACAUGUUUGCAUUCCAUAUACUCGGGUUACAGCAGUGUGCUUCUAUUUCUGGAUUUCUUACAUGCUUUCUCUUAGGCACUGGCAAGCAAAAAUAACUUUGGAGAACCCCUUAAAAAAGUGACCAUAGGUACAGUGACUUCAAGAGACAAACCUAUUGUAGCAAGGGUUUCUUCACCUCUGUUUUGGUAACUCUUGAAAUCACUAGUGCUGUAACAUUGUGCUGGAAAGUAUGACGGGUCAGGGACUUACAGUACAGACUGAUGAAAUAAGCAGGAUUCUGGUUUGGAUACAGUUUGUACUUGCAAAACCACCCCCAAUUAAUGCAGGUUGCUGUCAGAUUGUACUGGAUAGGUCAUGGCACAUGUGAAUGUUUUGUCCCUGUGUUUUUGCAGUAUGUAGUCGCUGUUUACAGGUUGAGCCUCACGACUUUGGUAGCAGUACUUAGAACUAUAGAAGUAUCAAGUACUUGUCCUGUGCCACAGAAAUACAUUCUAAGUCUGUUACAUCUUGCUCAGUAUUAUGUUAAUUCCUUACAGCAAUUUCUUUAUAAGGGAGUGAGAAAUACUGCCAGCAGUUUCCCCACAAUAACCUGAUAGAGCUUUAAUGUUAAAUUACACAGUUUUGGUUUGUAUUACAGCUUUCAGCAAAACAAGUUCUUAUCAAAGUUUUUAAAAAUAAUUUUCAAUUAUCCUUUUAUCUGCUCACCAGCUGCAUAGCCAUUAUUUGUACAACUUGUGAUAAUCACCUUUUACACAUACAUGUAAAGCUUAAUGAAGAAAUUACUGAUAGAACAUACAAAAAUGAACCCUUUCAUGAAUGAAGUUGCCCCAAGUUCUUCAGUGUUAAGUCAAGUAUUUGUUGUCUUAACUACCUUGACUGGGUCUUUUUACAACAAAAUGUUUUUAAAAAGCCCCACACACAAAACCCUGUUGUAUCUUAAGAAAGUUCCAAAAGUCUUCCAGAUUACUACUGUCUUCAGCUGCCACCAGAACUGUGCAAGUCCUGUGUUAAAUCAGCAGUUUAGCUGUGAGUCUUUUAGUCACCCAAUGUUUACCUGAUCUCUAAAUAUAAUGUUAAAGGAAAUGCAAAAUAAAGCUGAUGUAAAUGACUGUGGAUUUACCAAGAGAGGGGAGAAGUUAAAUCUCUUUAAGUUGUAUUUUAGAGGUGCGUGACAAUUAAAUCUAGUCAUGCAGUAUCAUUUGUACCAAUGUAUGUGAAUGAAAUCCUUUUCAUCAUGUUACACCAUUAUCCAACAUUGUAAUGGCAUCUACAAGUUCAACUACUGAAUGUUCUGCAUUUUAAAAGCCUUAAUUGUUUAUAUUGUAUUAAUGUGUUUUUAAAGACUAUAAGGAAAUAACAUUUUCCUUGUAAAUUGUUAAAAUAAUUUUGAACACAAAUAAUUUUCAGAGAAAUCCAAUUCUGUAUCUUAAUACCCCUGUUUGUUUGUGUACCACAAAGCUGUUAAAUUCUGUUACCUUUUAAAUAGUGUCUCUGGUUAACAGCCUCUCUCUAGUUCAAGGUCUUACCCAACUGAGAUUUAUUUUGGUUAACAGUCUUCUGAAACUCAUUGUAUGUAAAUAAAUUUAAGUGAACAAGCUUAAAUAAAUAUUUCAUUUAGAUAUUUAA